GUCAAAACAACAGACACAUGUUCGGUUCUAACCAAACACUUGUUGAAGAACUAGUUAAGAUUUAAUCGAAAAAGUUUAAAGUUUGUUAUAUAUUUACUACUAUUGCUAAAGAUCUUCUCAAAAUGAGUUUGUCAAAACCUUACAAGUUGGCUUUUACUCUAUUUGGAGCUUAUUAUGAAGGACUCUACUACAACCCUAUCAAAACAAAAUCCUUAACCAGCUCCACCAUAGCAAUGCUGGCCAAUUUGACAGCUCAGUACAUGGGUGGGGCAAAACGGUUAGACCAGGAUAGCUUGAUAGCGUUUGGACUAUUUGGGUUACUGUUCGGAGGCAGCAUUCCUCAUUUCUUCUACCAGAUGUUGGACCAGGUGGCCCCAGACUCAUCCUCUCAAUAUGUCAUCAAACAGCUGCUGUUGGAAAGACUGAUCUUCACUCCACUCUACCAGAUGUUUGUGAUUUACAUGCUAGCCAGAUUUGAGUCCAAGACACACCAGCAGGCCAUGAGUCAGUUAGUGCAGCUGUACUGGCCGCUGUUACGGGCCAACUGGACGUGGAUCACAAUUCCUCAGCUGCUCAACCUAACCUACGUUCCUCCCAUUCUCAGGGUACUCUUCAGCAAUCUCAUCGGCUACGUUUGGACUGUUUUUCUCGCCCAUAAGAAGAGGAAAGCAGAUUCAAGACGCAACAGAUUAGACUAGUUUUUUUUACCAAUACUCUCAGUAUUUAGGAUUAGGGGACAUAUUUUAAGGAUAUUUUUUAUAUGGGCUUGUUGUACAUUUACUAUGAUGUGUAAAUAUCAUUGUCUUUAUCAGUAUAUUUAUAUUGUUAUUAAAAUAUUGUUGAUA